UCUCUGUUUCCCCUCUAUCCAGCGAUCCGUUGGUCCGUCCGCAGACCCAAAUUUGAACUUCCGAUGGGAAGGGACAUGAAUACGGAGGGUCUAUGCAUCAUCUGCUCCGGCCUCGGAAUCGCAGACGAGGACGAUAAUGGGAAUGUGAGGGGUUACACGAAGACCGAAUACUGCUUAGAUAAUUUGAAGGAUCUCCAGAGAUUUCUGAGGAGGGAUGAUCCGCAGCGGAGGGAUGUUUUCAAGCAGAUCUGCAGAUGGAAUACGGUGUCCCGUGAUAUAGUACCUAUCAUCGAACAUUACCAGGGUGAUAGGAAUUUGGUAAUGAACUCAGUGAAAAUUUUGGUGUUCCUUACAAUGCCACUAGACCCUGCUUCCGAGGAAGUGGCAUUACAGAUUGAGUAUCUCUGGGAAUUGAAAGCUGCGCUGACUCGCGAAGUCACGAUGGCUGUAAUAGUAUCCCUCCUUGAAGAACCAUUGGGUCACUUGGAAAGCGGCACAUUUACAGAGGAUGACUGGAAGUUAGUUCAGCUUGUGCUUACAUUGUUUCGCAAUAUCCUUGCCAUUCAAGACAUUACAGUUCAGCAGAAGGCAUCUGGAUAUGCUACUCAGUAUUUUCAUUUGACAGAGAGGAUUUUGGAACUCAUGUUCCAGGAGAAUAUCAUGGACCUGAUUUUAGUUUUGGCACAGCAUGUUGAUGAUCCCAAUGGUUAUCUUCGUCAAGACAAUAUACUUUUAUUGGAGAUUUUUUACUAUAUUCUGCUUGGACAAGAACCAGAAUUGGUUGCAAAAACUUUCACCAACAACUCCAAGGUUAAUGUAGGUAGUGCAUCUUCAGAUUCUCUCAGAUCAAUGAUAGAGGCAGAAGAUGAAAAGAGGAGAUCAAUCAAACAAAGGAACCUUGAAUGCCAUCCACUGUUCAGUGGAACAUUUACUCGGCGAGCUAUGGAUGGCUCAAAAAUGCUAUUCAAAGAUCCUGCUUCUGCUUCAACAAAUGGCUUAGCAAAAGUUCGCAAGGUUCAGCGAGGUCCGCUAAAAAGAGUUGCUUCUGACAAUGGAGUCUUGUCUGUACAAGAGGAAAAUAUUCUAGAACUACUACACAAUUUCAUAAAUCAGUUCUUAGCCGGUGGCUAUAAUGAUCUAAUGAAGACAAUUCGGGAUGAUGUUAUUAAAGAACAACAGGACAUGCAAAAGAGUGACAUUAUAACGUUUUUUGAAGUCACCCAUUUCAUUACAGCUUUCCAUCAAAAAAAAAUUUUAAAAAAGAGACAAACUAUGGAGAAUAUGGAACAGGAAUCGUCUAUCAACAAUCAAUCUGUGGACUACCUUUCGUUGCACCAGGAUUUAUGUGGACCAAUUGCAGCAACUAUGAAUGAAGCAAUGUACUCUUUAGUCAUUUCUAAAUGGCGUGAAGCUUCUGAUGGAGUGAAGAUAACUAAUGAUUACAAGUUUCUUUCUGCUGCUGGAUCUCUUAUGAAGAGCAUGGUUCGAAUGUUGGAUUUGGUGAUGAAAUUGCUACCUGAAGAUUCUAAAGAGUGUCAAACAGCUCGUGUGCUGUUCUAUAAAUUGUUCUAUGAUCAGACAGAUGAGGGAUUUACACAGUUCCUUCUGAACCGGUUCAAAUGUUUUGAUUCUCAUAAACAACCUAGAAGUGAUCUUGCAGAUCUGUUAGAAAUCAUACAUAUUAUGUUACGGCUUGUGGAGAAACUUCAGGCUCACGGCACAUUAAGGGUAUCUAAAAAGUUUAGAAGAAGAAGAGUGAGAGACAAGGCUUCAAAUGACAUGACUGAAGUAGAAUCAGAACUUACAAAAGAACCAGAAAUUGCUCAUGAACGUGUAGAACCUGUCUCUGAAAUGUGCAUAGACCCUGGCAUGUCGGUUAAGGAGAAACAUUUGGAGUUAAAUUCUGUUGAGAGGGAGCAAGAAUUUAACGAAGAAAGGUCCUUCAACCUUAGCCCAGCAGUUGCGCCUAACAUUCCUCUACAGAAUACCGAACACUCGCAUGACCAUUCAGCUGCUGUUCAGGAUGAUGAAGAAAAUGAGAAACCAGUUGAUCAAGAAUAUGAAACAAGCAGUUCUUCAAACAUUGAAGAGCCUGCAACCAGUGAAGUCAAUUUUAACAUCUCCGCAAUGGUUUCUAGUUUUGCAAGCAACACUAUUAUCCAUAAUUUAUGCUGGUUAUUGAAGCAUUAUAAGGCCAACUCUGCUAGCACUAAUCACUAUAUCUUAUGCAUGCUGAGUCGGUUCUGUGAGGAUUUGGAGCUUUCCCCCAUGUUCUAUCAGCUAUCACUACUCACUAUAUUUUAUGAUAUCUUAGCUGAGCAAAAGAUAUGUAAAUCCAGGGAAUACAUGAACAUCGUAAAUUUUCUUACCAAGUUUAUAAGAAAGAUGUUUAAGAUGAUGAAAAUUCAGCCCUUGCUUUUUGUUGAAAUUCUCUUUUGGAAGACUCGUAGAGAAUGUCAGUAUUUCAAUGCUGAAAUUCUUAUGGAAAGCAUUGGCAAGCUGAAAAAAGAUAUAAGAAAGAUGUUUGAUGAACCAACCGGGGCAUUUAAUUGUCAUAGAGAGAUGGGCUAUAGAAGCAUAGCAGAUGCUCUUGGUGAAGAUGAAAUCAACUUGGAUUUGCCUGAAAUACACCAUGACCGAAGGGCAGAACAUUCAGCUGAUUCUGUUGAAGGUAAUUCUUAUAGAACCAAGCCAAGUCAAGUCAAAAAGAGCACCGUGGCUUAUACCUCAGAAAAUGCGAUAAGCAAGAAUACAUGUGAAAUCACUCAUAGUCAACAAGCUGAGGGAACUUCGAGAAGAGAUAUUUAUCCUGAUUUUACCAAAGAACAAGACACAAUCAUAAAUGAACUAUAUGAAAAGUAUAAAAAUGAACGACAGUGCAGCCGUCUUAUAGCAGCGGCUUUGGACUCUGAUGGGAAAAUAUCUCCUACUUAUAUAUCUCGAAAGCUCAAACAACUAGGCCUCAUGGUUGUCCCAAAGAAAAAGUUGGUCAAAGCUAAUGCACCUUUUCCAGCCAAUAGCGAUCCUACUAUCUCUGGAGCAGCUUUAGAGAAUGCUCUCUCCCCAAAAAUUUCCAGCAGAAGAAAGCGAAUACGUGCCUUCAGCAUAGAAGAGGAGCUUCAGAUCAAAAUACUCUAUGAAAAGUUCAAAAGCCAUAAAAAGCGUAAUGUCAUGAUUGCUAAUACUCUGAACCCUGACAAGAAAUUCACUGCGGCCCAAGUUUCACGCAAGCUUAAACAACUUGGUGUAUUGCCUCAUAGUAAGAUCUCAUCUACGUCAGGGAAAGGCAAGGAAACGAAUGAAAUCAAUGAAGUAAGACAGAACUCCGAUGAGGAAACGUUGCUAGCAAUUCGAGAGAGAAGCAAUAGAAAGAAACGUGUGCCAGGAACACGUGCUCCCACGAGUAGUUCACCUACCCUGAAAGAAGCUCCUCAAGAAAAUGAUUCUCAUGAUUUGGUUUUGAGCUCGUUCUUCAAAGAUGCAUCAGCCAAACGCAAGAUAAAACAAUCUGUGGAGGAUCAAAAUGGUCCAGAAGCAGUUGACUCCGUUGAUUGGGUUAUGAAUAACACUCCAAUUGAACUUGAUAGAGGAAAAAGUAACCAGAUGAGUGAAAUUUCUGCAUCAAACCAAGAUGUGCAGGUUGAAGAUUUUGAAUUAGAGGACUCGAUAGAUUCAGGGGAUGAUAUGGGUCCUGUGGCACCUAAAACAAUGGGAUCUAAAAAAAGAAUGAUACUCGAUUUUGAAGAAGAUGAUUAUUGAAUUAUAGAAACCAUAUCCAUUGGUUGAUGAAAAUUUAUUUAGCUGAAUGGGAAAUUUUUUGAACAGGUUGAUGAGCUAAGAUUUGCUAGUAUUUGGCUUGGAAUAUCAAUGUUUCGGGGGGAACAAUGGCUGAAAAUUCAAUGCCCAGAACUUUUUGUUGGCUUCGUAGGGCUACAAGUAACCAUGUAAAAAGAUGUUUUAAUUAAUGCUAUUGAUUCUCCCAACAUGUUCCCUUCGCGUUGUUGAAAGUGUAAAUAAAUUGAUUUUUGCUGAACAUUUUACAUUAAAGCUUUUUGGUAUGAAGUAUUAUU